AUGAUGUCAAAACUGAUCAUUCUCAUUUCUAUGACGACGGCGAUGGUAUGUGGCGCUCGGCUGGACCAUUUGGUGCAGGGUUACAAUGGAGGAGGCAACGCCGCGCCUUUCCGUUUCGAAAACGUGAAUAACGGCGAUGGGAGUUACCGCUUCAGUUACGAUACGCCAACGGGUAUAUCAGCCCACGAAAGCGGAGCACCUCGUGCUGCUGGCCCAGAAGGUCCCGCCGUAACGGCAGAAGGAGGUUUUUCCUACCGCGCUCCUGAUGGCCAGCAGAUUUCCCUCACGUACACCGCAGACGAGAAUGGAUUCCACCCGCAAGGCUCCCACCUGCCCACACCACCACCGAUCCCAGAGGCUAUUCUCCGCUCCCUUGAGUACAACAGACAAAAUCCAUCGAACGAGGGCUCUUACAACGGUCAACGCAACUACUACUAG